AUGCCCGGCCUCAGUCUUGCUGACACAAUCAGCCAACUGAGCGUUGGCGACGAGUGGGGUCCCGAAACGACCGCAUCCACCACACUUGAUGGCGUUCCGUACGCACCAUUUUCCAAAGGCGACAAGUUGGGCCGCAUGGCCGACUGGACGCAGGAAGGCAAGGAGGGAAGAGAUCGGGGUGGCAGACAGUACGGCCGCAAUUUCAGAGAUCAACAAGUUUAUGGCGCAGGCACCUCGUCAAUCUUCGCUGUUCAAGUUGCCGAAGACGAAUCCUCGUUCUCCAUCGUCGACAACACCCGCACAUCCACCAAGACUCGCGCCUUCGGCCGAGGGGGUCCAUUGACUUUCCGCGGACGCGGCCAGCGAGGCGCUGCUCAACGUGGCGGGCCUCAGCGCGGUGGCUAUCAACGUGCAGGCCAGGGUGGACGUGGCGGUCAGCAGCAAAACCAAUACUACGACAACCGCGGUGGACGAGGCCGAGGCGGUCGACGUUUCGGCUGGCGUGACUAUGACAAGCCGCAGCGCAAUCGCGAUGCCUCUGUCAACAUUCGGCCGGACUGGACGAUGCGGGAGGAGAUUGAAUUCAGUCGUCUGAACAAACUCAACCUCGAGACAUCUGAUGGCGAUGACAUUGACAGCUACGGUUUCCUCUACUACUACGACCGCAGCUACGAUAAGCCGCCGGUGAAGAGCACGGAGCGCAAGCUGAACGAAUCCCUCGACGGCACCGCUUACAACGUCACCACCUCCUCCGACCCGGUGAUCCAAGACCUUGCCGAGAAGGACGAGGCCACCAUCUUCGCCACGGCCGACAUCCUCUCCAUGCUCAUGUGCGCCACGCGCAGCGUCUACAGCUGGGACAUUGUGAUCCUGAAGCAUGCGAACAAGAUCUUCCUCGACAAGCGCGUCAACUCGUCCAUCGACCUCGUGACGGUCAACGAGAACGCGGCCGACGCACCCCUCGAAGCCGACACCUCCAGCACACCGCAACAGAACCAGACGGGCGUCAAGGCCGACAGCAUCAACACACCCUUCAACCUCGCCCAAGAAGCCCAAGGCAUCAACCACUUCUUCCCCAUGCAAGUCGUGCGCUCCUCGGACCCGUCGCAGCGCCUCGAGCUCCCGCACGCCAACCCCUUCCACGAUCCUUCCUCGCAGCCGGACGAGCACCUGGCCUCCAAAGCCUACAAGUACCGGCGCUUCGACCUCUCGCUCGCCACCGACGCAGAGCCGCUGCACCUGGUGGUGCGCACGGAGCUGGACGCGGUGGUCAAGAACAACAUCAGCGGCGAAGACCAGUUCCUGACGAUCAAGGCGCUCAACGAGUUCGACCACAAGGCACAGGGCGCGGGCGGCGCGCUCGACUGGCGCUCCAAACUCAACUCGCAGCGCGGCGCCGUCGUCGCGACCGAGAUGAAGAACAACUCGUGCAAGCUCGCGCGCUGGACCACGCAGGCCAUCCUCGCCAAGGCCGACCAGAUGAAGCUCGGCUUCGUGUCGCGCGCCAACCCCAAGUCCGCGCAGAACCACGUCAUCCUGGGCGUCGUCGGCUACAAGCCGCGCGAGUUCGCGAGCCAGAUGAAUCUGGGCUUGAGCAAUGGCUGGGGCAUCGUGCGCACGAUCGUGGAUCUGGUCAUGAAGAUCAGCGAUGAUGGCACGGACGAAGGCCAGGAUCGCAAGUAUGUGCUGGUCAAGGACCCCAACAAGAGCGUCAUUAGGCUGUAUGAGGUGCCGCUCAACACGUUUGACGAGGAUGACGGCGAGGGCGCUAUGGCGGGCAUGGAGGCGGAUGACGAGUAG